GUCGGUCCUUUUGCGCUUCCAAAUGACUUUUACGCGCACGCCACGUGGAUUUGGCGCGCAGACACGAGCGAGGUUAAUUGGAAGAUGAUGACGUUCUCGUUGCGUUUCUGCUUUAUUUGCCGCGCGUCAACAACUCUUUUGCGGCGACCACGUGCGUGAUUGUGUUAUUAAUAUCGUUCGUGUUUAUGUUGACGACUCUUCUUGCCGUUUGCGUGACUUUUGCUGAGGGUGUCGGCAGCACGUGGAAAACGGUGUCACCGUGCAGGCAGGCACGGCGCUUAUGUCGUCAUGAAACGUUCAAUCCCAAUUCUUCACACUCACUUGGCGCAGGUUUGAGAUCAUUUGGAUGAUAAUUACGCCGCUUCAGUGUCGUUUGUUUGUUUGUUUGUUUGUUUGUUUGUUUGCGGAGCCAUCCAAAGAUUCAUGAUGGGACAUUGAAAUCGAAAGGCAUUUAUUUUCUAUACAAUGUAUAGAUCGGUCCAUAUCCAGGAAUGUAUUUUGUUUUGAAUUAUGUGCAGUGUUAGGAUUUAUCAAUAUCCAAUUUGGCAUAAUCGAACGUGAACCUCAUUAAGACAUUCGUGUCAAAAGCUAGAGAGGUGAAACUACAUGACCCACAAUGCAAUGGGCAAUGCCACUUUCGUCAGCGUUCCUUUCGUUUCUGCCCACCUGUUGCUAAUGAUGCAAUUUUAGGACUUCAUUGCUUCAUUCCUGUCCCUCAAUGAUGACGUUUACUCCCAAUACAUUUUGGUACUAUUCGGACCGUGACUUUAAAAAAAAAAAUGAAUGGAUUUGCCAUUUGAUUUUUGAUUUCAAGUAAAACUAUCAACAUGUCUAAACUGUCUGUUUUAAUUGAAGAUGUUGCACAAAAAUAUGGCAUCUAUAAUUUAGGAGUUAUACGUUUUUUUUUUGUCAUUCAAUUUCCAGAGGCACAAAACUAUUUGGACAGUUUGCUCACAAAAGUUGGUUACUUUAAAAAACAAAUAAUGAUAUUUUGAUCUAUCUAUCUAUCUAUAUCUGUCCAAUCAGAGCCUAGAAGGCCACCAUUAGGGUUUAAAAAAAUGAAAAUAUCAAUAUGUAAGUCAAAGAAAAAUACUUCAGACCCAUUCGGACAUGAGCUUCCUCCUAAACUGAUGAUCAUAUUUACAAUAACAUCACUCUGAGUGUCUGAAAGUGGAAAUGCACGUCAAAAAAAACAAAAAAAAGUGUCUUCCAAAAUAGUAAAUGGCUUGUUUUUGGUGUGGAAACGAAGUCGUCGAGCCGGCCCAAGGCGGAAGGGAACGAAGCACCUGCUUGUGGCCCAGCGACCACUAGGGGCUCCCAAGAGCAAUUAAGGGACCAGAGCCUGCACUUGUUGUUGUUGUUGUGCCACAACGAGAGACUGGCACGACUGGUUUGGCAGAGUUUUUAUGCCGGAUGCCCUUUUUUGAUUCAAGCAACUCAUUUAUUAUUAUUAUUAUUUUUUUAGGGGUGGGGGGCUGCAUGUGUAUUGGGGCACUGAUGUCUGCGUAAAAGGCAGCCAGCCGCAUGUUGACCACCAGCAAAGUCUGGAAUUUCAAAAAAUGUUAUUGUUAUUAUAUAUAUAUAUAUAUAUUUAACUGCAGAAGUAACAUGUUCGGAUGAAGGUAUUUUUGCGUGCGCGUUAAAGCAUUUUUUUGUCACGUGUUUCGGGGACCCCUUUUCAGUUAGAUCAUUCUUCAACUGUUCGCUUGACAUUUUAUGUUGUUGUUUUUUUUUUUUUAAACAUGUAAUGCUGUUUUUGUACCUUUUUCCGCGUGUGUGUUUGUUCUUGCACUUUGUUUUCCUUGCCGUUGUAGUUUUGGAAGGGCCUAAAUGAUAUUGUGUAUUGCACUUGGCGCCUUAACGCGAUGUCGUGUCGCUCCGCCGCAGUCAUUAUUCAUUUACCAAUGGCCGAUCAUCGAUCAAUGUGACGGUGAGAAAAAAGUUCGACUUUUGACUUCGUGCGUAAUGUAAGUCAAAUCCCGAUUCGAACAAACCAGGCCCAAAAAGUGUCGGUUCGUUGCUGUUCUCUCGAGCGCCCAUCUGACGCGCGGCGUUGGUGAAUGUCGAAUGGCGCGAGUGACACCCCCGCGCUUCGUUCCCGCUGUCCCUCUUGCGACGUGUUGCCAAGCGGAGUCAGCUGACCCCGCGUAUGCAAAUGAGGCCGCGAGCCGGCUGCCGAUUGGCCGCCCGCGCCUGAUUUAAGCGCUGUCAGUGCGCGCGUCACAUGGCCGCCGCCGCCGCCGCCGCCGCCGCCGCCGCAAGCCGCCGCAAGCCACUUGUCGAGUGCGAGUGCGAGUGCGAGUGCGAGUGCGGGCUCCAGUGUGCGUUGUGUCACAUGCAGCCGGGCGGUGGAUCGGAAGCCCUCGUGGGAAUUUCGCUCCCUUUUCAAGUUGCCUUUUCUCGCCGGUGAACUUCCCCCGAACGAGCCGCUCCGAUGUACAGCAUGAUGAUGGAGACCGACCUCCACCCCCCCGGCCCCCAAACCAACGCGGCCGCGGGGCAAACGGGGCCCAACGCGGGCUCCAAGGCGAGCCAGGAGCGGGUGAAGAGACCCAUGAACGCCUUCAUGGUGUGGUCGCGCGGCCAGCGCAGGAAGAUGGCGCAGGAGAACCCCAAAAUGCACAACUCCGAGAUCAGCAAGAGGCUGGGGGCCGAGUGGAAGGUGAUGUCCGAGGCGGAGAAGCGGCCCUUCAUCGACGAGGCCAAGAGGCUGCGGGCCAUGCACAUGAAGGAGCACCCGGAUUACAAGUACCGGCCCAGGCGGAAGACCAAGACGCUGCUGAAGAAGGACAAGUACUCGCUGGCCGGCGGGCUGCUCUCCGGAGCCGGCGGCUGCGGCGGAGUGGGCUUGGGGGUCGGCGUGGCGUCCUCCUCGGCGGGCCAGCGGCUGGAGAGCCCGGGGGCGCCCCACGGAGGCUCGGCGGUGGGCCCCGGCUACGCGCACGUGAACGGCUGGGCCAACGGCGCCUACCCGGGCCAGGUGGCCGCGGCCGCGGCGGCCGCCGCCAUGAUGCAGGAGGCGCACCUCGCCUUCGGCCAGCACCCGGGCGGAGGCGCGCACCACCUCAACCACCACCACCACCACCACGCGCACCCGCACCCGCACCCGCACGCCCACCACGCGCACCACCACGCGCACCACCACGCGCACAACCCGCCGCCGGUGCACCGCUACGACAUGAGCGCGCUCCAGUACAGCCCCAUCUCGAACUCGCAGAGCUACAUGAGCGCGUCCCCGUCCGGCUACGGCGCCCUCGGCUACGCGCAACACCAAGGCUCCGGCGUGUCCUCUUCGUCCUCCUCUUCGUCGUCGUCGUCGUCGUCCUCCGCCGCCGCCGCCGCCGCCGCCGCCGCCGCCGCGGCCGCCGCCUCCAUGGGCGCGCUGGGCUCGCUGGUCAAGUCGGAACCCAGCGUCAGCCCGCCGGUGAGCGCAGGGCCCCACGCGCGGGGCCCCUGCCCCGGGGACUUGCGGGAGAUGAUCAGCAUGUACUUACCCACCGGGGAGCCGGCCGACCCCGCCAUGCAGGGCCGCCUGCACGCCUUGCCGGCGCACUACCAGAGCGCCGCGGCCGGCGUCAACGGGACGGUCCCGCUCACGCACAUCUGAUCCGCUUACAACACGAUCGGUGGAAUUGCAAGGGGAACGCGGAACCAAAUCUUGACCUCUUUUCUGCAAGAACUACCUGUUUUGUUUUGUUUUGUACAGAAUGUGUAUCGCGUGUAAAUCAAGGCUGUCUUUUUGUUGUUUUUGUUGUUGUUGUUGAGGAGGAGGGGGGCACAAAACUGCUGAUAUUUGGGUUAUCGUGCUAUUAAAUCAUUUUUUUUUUUAGUCUAAAUUACGCCCGGCGCACUUUUGGGCUUUUCACCAUCUUUGUAAGUUAUUUAAAAUGUCAAUACAAUAUUACAGAAAGUGCUUUCAAAGAAAUGGGUAAAAAAAAAAAAUUAAAAAAAAAAAAGAUCCCCUUUUUAAUCUUUAAAGCGUUUGUGUUCCAACCCGCGUUUUAUUGUUGUAACACUCUCCACUCUUAUUAUUGUACAAUUGUGAAUAAUUUUAAUUUUGGAAAGAAGGAUGACUUUGCAACGUGCUGUUGUAAUUUAUGUGCUUUUCUGCAUUUGAAAAGCCCUGAUACUUUACUGCAAUGAUACACACACACACACACACACAAAAUGAAUGAAAUAAAUUUCACAAGAUGUUGCUUUGAA